AUGAUUAAUGAAGAAUAUACUCCAAAGAGUUUUGAAAUCUUUCUAGAAAGUUCAAUCAAAAUAAAUCAAGAGAUAUCAAUCUCAGACACUUUAAAAGCACUAGGUUCUGUAAUAUCUUUGGCCAACUUGAAAGGUAAUUUAUUACCAUUUGGAUCAUUUUGCAAUGGAUUCCAUGGAAAUAAUAGUGACUUAGAUUGUGUUCUCAUAACCGAUUCGGAAUUGAGUACUACAACGAUUUUAAGAAAUCUUCGAAAGGCAGUGUAAGAAUACAAAUACACCUAUUAGACGCCUUAAUUACAGUUUGAUCAAUUGAUUUUAUAUGCAAAGGUAAAUAGCAUCACUUAUAGUAAGGUCCCAAUUAUUAAGAUCACUGACAUAACAAAUGAUAUAGCUAUCGAUUUAAGCAUAAAUAAUAUAAAUGGGGUGUUGAAUUCUAAGCUUUUAAAAGAAUAUUCUCAAAUACAUCCCAAAAUCCAAUAAUUAGGACAGUUAUUAAAAUUAUGGGGAAAGAAUUAAAGACUUAUAGUGACUGGAUAAUUAACAUCAUAUGCCAUUUUGUUAACACUAAUCCAUUUCCUUUAAUGCAAAUAUGAUGUGCCAUAUUUAUCAGAUUUUGAACUCACUUAGGAAUAGUAAUCAGCAUUAGAGUAUUUUGGUGUUCAGCCAUUCUUUAAAUAAGGACUCAAACCCAACUUGCACAGACUCUCAAAUACAACUCUAUAAUAAUUAUUAUUUGAGUACUUUUAAUAUUAUGAACCUUAUGGAGAAUUCGAAUAGAAAUAGAUUUGUGUUUCUCUUCAUUCUAUUCAAAGAUCAAAUAAAGAGAUUCAAAAAAGAACAUUAAAAAUCGUAGAUCCUAUUGAUCCCAGAAUCGAUCCAAGUAAAAAUAUCAAAAAAUAAUGUUAUCGAAUACAAUAACAUUUUUUAAGAGCCAAAGAACUGAUAUCAAAGGAUCAAAAAUCAUUUCUAUAUCAAUGUUAGGCUGUCAAAACUGGAAACAAUCGUGUUAAAAGGAUCUAACCAAAAGGGGAAACUAAAUAUAAGAAAAAAAACAAUUUUAGAAAAAGAAAUUGA